ACCAGUUAAUGAUAGUUGGUUACUUGAUACCAGUCAGUACCAGUGGGGUAAGGUAUGUAAUGUCAGUAUGUGAGUAUCAGUGUAUAGUAACAUGUUAUAUCACUUAUUACUAGUCAUUGUAUUGUUAUGUUAUAUCAUAUCAACAGAUUGUUCUACCUGAAUCUGUUACUGAUAGACGUUCUCAUUCCUUAUCAUCAAUAAUGAUGAGUCCAGACUGUGUGUGGUUGGUGGUAGUGGGUGGAGCUGGAGCAGCUGAAUGGAAAGAUGUAGGAAGAGGAGUAAAGAAAUCAUUUGGUACAUUUAUCACUGAUCCUAAUAUCACAAUGUUAAUAGAACUAGUUCUCACUAAAGGUCAAUGGACAGUAAGUGAAAUAUUAGAUUCUACUGAUCUUACUAGAGAGGCAUAUCAACACAAAUAUCAAUCAUUCCUUAAAACAAGACAAUGGUGGCAAGAUCGUUGUUCUAUAGUCUAUCCAACAGAAAAGGAAGUACAACAGCAGCAGUACAUACAAGUACUGCAACACGAGUUAAGAGUAUUUGAAGUAAAUAAAACCUCACUGCAGGAAGCACUCCUUGAGGCUAGUCAGCAAGGUGAUGUUACUGAUGAUACUUACACUAAGACUCCUCCUCCUCCUGCUAGUGUUGAUGAUUCUAAAGUGAAGAGUUCAAUACAAGAAUGGAAGAACACUACUGAAGAGAUUGAGAAACUUAAAGCUAAUAUAACGAUGCUGACUAAAGAGAAAUCAGAAUUAGAGGAAAAGAAUGAGAAUUCAACUGAAGAGAAUGAGAAACUUAAAGCUAAAGUUGUUGAUGAUGAUAUGGUAAUUGCUAAACUGACAAAAGAGAAAUUACAACUAAAGGAAGAGUUGCAGUCAAUGAAAGACACCACAACUGCUGAAGAUAAUGAGAAGGAAUUAAAGGAGAGAGAGCCAGUCAAAGAUAUUGGUAUUCAGUUUGAUUAUAUUGUUCCUUCAAUGGGUAAGAUAUACAUGUACAUAGUAAUUUUAAUACCAUUGUUAUAAGCUUUGGAAUUUGUUAUCACUAGUAGACAUUAAUUGACU